GCAAAGCUGACACGACGUGUAUCACAAAAAGCGUGGAUCCCCUUCGUGAGAGCCAGCACACACCUACAUACGCACAACUCCACCCUUUUGCAUCGAAUUGUAUAUCCAAACGUAUUACGACCUCACUUCGCUCUACCCAACGAACCGCGAAGACAAGCAUCGUUGUUGCCUGACGCUCCACUUGCGACGGAGCAAUUCGACACUGACAAGCAGCACAGCACAGCGAACGGGCGAAGUUAGACGAAUAACAGGCGCAAUGGGCUGGUUCGACGGCGCCUCAGAGGUAGCAUCCUCCUACAUCCUCGGCGGCUACGGCGGUACGGAGGGCCGCGCGAGCCCGAGCCGCAGCAGCCGCCACGGGGGGCACAAGAAGCAUAAAUCGCAUAAGUCCAACGAGACGGGGAGUGCGUUUGGGGAUUGGGCUGCGGGGGUGAGUGGGGGAGGGGUGCCGAGGCAUGGGAAUAGGAGUACGACCAGUUUUUUUAGUGUUGGCUCCGGCGCCCGCUCAGCAACAUCCUCCUACCGCCGCUCCCCCCGCCGCGGCCUCCUCGCGCGCACCUACUCCCGCCUCCGGCACCUCCUCCGCAAACUCCUCCACUUCCUCAAGACGCACCCUCUAAAAGUAUUCAUGCUCGUCAUCAUGCCUCUCAUCACCGGGGGCGCGCUGACUGGGCUUCUCGCGCGUUUCGGGAUACGACUACCUGCUUCAUUGGCGAAAUUGGCGGGCCUGGCGGGCCUGACGGGGGGGAAGGGGGGGAAUGGGGGGGGGCAUAGUGGUGGAGGGUUCGAGGGGUUGGGGGGGGUGAUGAGUGUGGCUAAGUUGUUUAUUUGAGGUGGAGGGGGAGAGUGUUUUGAUAUCCGGGAAGGGCGGAGGGAGGAUUUAUUUGUGCCUUUGUUUGUUUUGGGGCAGUUUGGGAAGGGGUUUAGGAAUAUGCUUAUACGAUUUUCUUUUACCUUGGACUUGUUUCGUUGGAUUGAAAUUGAUGAUUAUACCUCA